UGUAUUGGGACAGUUGACGUUUACAAUCAUUUUGGUUCUGCAUGUGGCUCACAUCUUUUUGGCUGGUCUUGUGGAUCACAAUUUCAAAAUGUUUUGGACUCUGUCAGUGGUUUUGUCCCUCAUCGCAGUGGUUGGUGGCUGUCCGACACCCUGCAAAUGUCAAGAUACUGCUAUCAUAUUCUGUUCAGACAAAAAACUUCUAAUGCUCCCUAAUCUCCCUCGGGGUACCAAGAUAUUGCAUGCUAGACAUAAUAUGAUCCAGGCUAUCCCCAGUGAAGGUUUGGAAGAAUUGUCGAUACUGGAUCUCACCAACAAUCGCUUAAAUUUGUCACAGACUUCUGAAACCAUUUGGCAGAACAUGAGUAAUCUUACCAAGCUAUAUCUGAGUGGAAAUCUAAUUGACACAUUAACGCCAGGACAAUUUCAGGGCCUAGUAUAUCUUCAAGUAUUAGACCUCAGUAACAACUACAUUAAGACUCUUCCUCAGAAGUUUCUUUAUGGUCUGACCAACCUUCAAACCCUUAAUCUGAAUUUUAACCAAAUAUUCAGAUUUCCCUAUGGGGUCCUAGAUGGAGCUCCUGCUCUUGUGGAGCUCCAACUGAAAAGUAAUAAGAUCGAAAUGAUAGAGGUAGAUGUAUUUGAAAACAGCACCAAACUAGCUAGACUCUAUCUUUCUGAAAACAAUUUGAAAAGUUUAGGCAAUGGGAGUUUCAGGGGUGCCACCGGGCUGGAUCAGCUUGAUCUUAGUCGAAAUGUGCUAGUUGAGAUACCUAUUGUUGUCCUACAGGACACCACUAAUCUCACUAGCCUCAACCUUAAGGACAAUUACAUAACCAACAUUCCUGAUGAAGUUUUUUCUGAGAUUCCUGCAUUGAAGCAUUUAUACUUGAGUCAUAAUGCUCUUGUUUUUUUGACUGAUGGUUCCCUAAGAGGACUUUCCCAGCUGAAAGAAUUGGAUUUGAGUCGCAAUCAGUUGCAGUCUCUUACUUCACAAGUGUUUCAAGACUUGGGGGAACUAUUGAACCUUAAUUUGUAUCAUAAUCAUCUGAUGUCACUUCCGAAUGGUGUGUUCAACAAUUUAAGCAGGUUAACAGAGCUCCAGCUGGAUAACAAUAACAUCUCUGCUAUUCCACCUAAUGUAUUUCAUCCACUUUCAGCAUUAUAUGAUUUACAGUUGAACAGCAAUCACAUUUCUGAGCUCGACUUGCACACAUUUAUGAAGAUGAGAAAACUUAAGUAUCUUGACCUCAGCAACAAUAACCUUGUGAGUAUACAAAAACAACUCUUCCAAAAGACACAUAAUCUGAGGGAUCUAAAACUGGAGAAAAAUAAUAUCCACUCGAUUUCCCAGUCAUCUUUUAGAAGCCUGGGCAGACUGCGCAAUCUAAGGCUCAGCAACAACCACUUGUCAAGUCUCCAUCCAGAGCUCCUGACAAAUCUAUGUAGUUUACGUGAGUUAUGGCUGAAUGAGAACCAUAUAAAAACUAUCCCUAAUGGCUUUUUUACACAACUUAAAAACUUGAGUAUUCUCGAUAUGUCCAACAAUAAUCUGCAUUCCGUGUCCUCUGAUAUCUUCAAAGACCUGUUCACAUUGAAAGAGCUGGAUUUGAGCUUCAAUAAACUUGACAAGCUUCCAGACGACCUCUUCAAAUCCUUGGGAAAUCUUCAUUGGCUCCACUUGCAAAACAACCAGCUCACAGACUUACCCACCAAAGUGUUUUCUGCUCUAACCAACUUGGAAGAGCUCCAUUUGGACAGUAACCAGCUUCUUCACUUUGAUCCAGCACAGUUUGAAGGCUUAGUGAAAUUACGAGAACUAGAUAUUAAAUCUAAUCAACUGCGCUCAAUGGAAAAUGGGACACUGAUGCCUUUAAGAGCCUUGAAAAACAUCGAUCUUGGUCAAAAUCCCUGGGAUUGCUCUUGUAAAUCCAUUCUGUAUAUAAGUCAGUGGUUCAAUAACAAUACCAGUUUGGUAAAAACUAGACCCAUGUGCUCCUCUGGGCGAGGUAGGGAUCUUUCCCAUCCAGCUCAAUUUCCAUUCUCAUUAUCAGAGCAUUGCACAAGCAUUGCAUCUGCCUUUUUCAAUUUACACAUGCAUAACAUGGAGAAACUGACAGUUCUCAUCACUUUCUCUCUAGCUUUUAAUUUCCUCUAAGAUCUUUCAUUGCCUAAAAUUCUGUGCUAUGCUUGCCACCCAUAUGCAUGGUUGAAGUGUUAAGACAAGAAACCAGUCUGUGCUUCUGUGCAAAUUACUUAUACAUUUGCAUAUAUCUAGAACGUCAAUGAUUGCAUCAGAGAAACAAUUUACAUGAAAAUGUUCAAUAAAACACAGAAAAUAUA